CUGUGACGGAUUCCAGAUGCUUCUGAUGGUUUCCUGAUGGGAUAUAAAGGUCUUCUACAGGAAACUAGUGCUCUCCAUUGGAAGCGAUUAAGCCAAUUUCCAUUAGAAAGCAAAACCAGUUGUACUCUACUACACCAGUGCUAAUACUGCCGCCCUGCUGGCAGAGUCAGGUGGUUCUCUGAGCUCCAGCUGGUCUGGAUGAGCUCCUGUAUGUCCUGUAGAUAUUCGGUCCCCACACGGAGAUAAAUACACACCCAGUGACGCACACACUCCUUCAGGGAGGAAGCAGAAGCUCUGCUGUUCUACACGGACACACCCGCAGAUCUGCUGGAGAACGACCACAGCAGCUCCACGCCAGACCACCGAGAGGACAGACCAUCACCACCACCACCACCAUCAUCAUCAUCAUCAUCAUCAUCAUCAUGACAGCUGAAGCUUGGACUCCUGAUCCCAGCUCACCUGGUCACCAUGGCAACCCUUAGACAAACCACAAGAGCCCUGAAACCUUGGCAGCAGCGCUAAACCCGGAGGCAAAAGCUAGGAGAUCCCUUAAGGUCACCUCCAACAUGAGAGAAAACAGAACACAACACAAACGGGUCUUCUCCCUUUGUGGCGUCCUCUUUAUUCUCUACCUGGCGUCUGGUUCUGAGGGACAGUCUCAGAGAUGCGAGUGUCUAGCCGCCAUGGUUUUGCCACAGCUUCCUUCGAAUCUCCCCAACGAGACCUGCUGCCUGAACUUCUCUGGGUCUUCACUUAACAAUCUGUCUUGGACGGCUUUCGGCUCCUUGGCCAAGCUUGAGAUUUUGGAUCUGUCGUUUUGUAACCUCACCCAUGUUGAUGAAACUGCAGUUGGUUUUAAGCUCUCCUCACUGCGAGAGCUGUACCUGGGUCACAACCAGCUCAGAUCAGUGCCUAGAACAUUUCUAGCUAACGCGUACAGUUUGGAAGUGCUGGAUUUGAGGGACAAUCUCAUGGAAGAUCUGCCUGUGGAUUUCUUGCAAAGCUCAAACCUCCUCCGUGUUCUGCUUCUGGAUGGAAACCGUCUGCAAUUUCUUCCCAGCACCAUCUUCAAACCUUCACUCCAGCAGCUGGAUUUGGAGGGAAACCCCUGGAACUGCACUUGCUCUUUGGCGGAGGAGCUCCAGAAGGUUCGGAAUGGCAACUCCACCAGCCUGGAGGACAUUGUGGGCAACCUGACCUGCGCUUCUCCACCAAGACUGGCAGGCAAGACCGUGUGGUCAGUGCAGGCUAAAGACAUCUGUCCACCAGGGCGCACUAGCCUUAGCGCCCUUUUUAUACUCCUACCGCUUUUCCUCCUCCUGGUCCUGUUGCUCUGCUGGUGCUGCGGCAAAACAGGGAAGAAGAAGGAGACCCAAACCUCCAGGUCCUGCAAGAAGGACACUCACCUGAACAGGAACGGACGCUGGGCUCAGGAAAAGCCGGCAUUCGAAGAGAAAGCGGGAGCUGGAGAAAGCGCCAAAGAUGCUAUGCUAAAGAACCAGCUAAUGCUGCGGCCUUCUUCGGCUCUGCUGGGCAGCACGCGGGACAUCUACGAAGAGGUGGAGGUCAAAUUGGGGUCCGUGGACUCUCUGGGGCCUCCACCCUCAACCUCUUCAGCAGAGGGGACUGUGGAUAAAGUGGAGAACGAGGAAAAGGAGGAGGAAGAUAGCAAGCAGGACCUGGAGACGGUCAGUGUGACCGAAGUGAUGAAGGACUCGGCUGACCGCGAGAAAGCCUACAUGACUCAGUCCACCAAAUACUACAGCCUGGUUCCCGGGCUAGAAAUCGAGGAUUCGGAUCAUGGAGAGUACGAGAGCGUGGAUCUGUCGUGACCCUCCGAAAAGUGUUUGCAUGUCAAUAAGAUAAGCUUUCAGGCUACGUUCGCUUUACAGGACGUUGACUUGGUCAGUUCCUUGUG